AUGGAAAACUAUGAAUCUACACCCAAGAGUCAAUUAAGGUCAAGAUCACAUUCCACGCCUUCAACUCCGACACCAUCUACAGCAGCACUAGAAAAAACUCCAGCAGUUACUCCAGGUGUAACACCAUCUAUAGGUAGAUCAUUGGUCUUUUCAAGUAAAGACAAUGCAAAAAAAGUUUUGAAUAUGGACACACCAGCAAAUAAAAAGAGGUCUUCAACCACACAAUCAGGCAUUCCUCCACCACCUUCACAGCUUAGUGGAAAAAAAGAUCCAUCUAGACGUAACUCAUCGUUUUUAGGUAGACCAUCAACACCACAACCAACUCCAACAAAUAGUUUGAAUAGUAGCGGUGGUAUCAGUAACCCAAAUAACCCAACGACCACUACCACCACUACCACAUCCACUACCUCUACCACUAAUGCUUCCAAUGCUACCGUGACAACAUCAAUAGUAUCAAAUAAUAGUAAUACAACUGCUACCACCACAAUAACAACACCAAAACACCAAAAGGAACUAAAUUUUUCAGAGUUAUUACAAAAUAAUAAUUUGGAUAUAAUUAAUCAAAAUUCUGCCUUUUCUAGUGUUCAGAAAUCAAAUACAUCAUCUUCAAGUUUAUCAUCAUCAUCAAAUUCAACUCCAUCACCAACAUUAUUACCACCCAGUAUUUCAUUAUUACCACCAGAUUUAUCACUUGAUGGAAAUCAUUACAACAACAACAACAGCAAUAAUAAUAAUAGUUAUGGUUUAAAUUUAUCACCAAAUUCACAAUUUAAUAAUAAUACAAAUAUUUUAAAUAGAUCAUCUUCACCAUCACCAAAUGGCAGAAGAACACCAACAUCAUUUUUAAUACCAAUAACUCCAACACCAUUUUUAAAACCAUCAUCGUUAAAUAAUGAAAGAGAGGAGAAUAUUAUGGUUUAUUGUAGAUUCCGUCCAGAAAUUCAAUCAGAAAAAAAUUUAUCAUCAUCAGAGAAAAAGUUAACAAUAGGCGAGGAUGGUCGUACUAUUCAUAUCACAUCACCCCAAAAUUCAACAGCAUAUAGAUUUUCAAAAGUUUUUCAACCAACAACUACCCAAGAAUCGUUCUAUAAUGAAGUCGCAAGACCAUUAGUCGAUGAUGUUUUAAAUGGAUUUAAUGUUGGUAUUAUUGCAUAUGGUCAAACUGGAGCAGGUAAAACAUAUACACAAUUUGGUAAAGAUAUUGGCGAUGAAUUACCACUUACAGAGCAGGAAGGCUAUGGUAUCACACCACGUUUCAUCAAAGAUUUAUUGAACAGGGUUAACUAUUUGUCAUCAGAUCGUGUUAGAUUUACAGUUAGAGUAUCAUAUCUCGAACUUUAUAGAGAGAAACUUUAUGACUUGAUUAACGAUAAGGCAGAGCUGGAUAUUAGAAUGAGCGACAAUGGAUUUAAUGCUCCAGAUGCAUCACAACCACCAAUUCAAUCAUUUGCAGAUUUUUUACACUAUAUACAUAAUGGUGAAAAAAAUAGAAGUUAUGGUGAUAAUAAAAAAAAUAUGAAUAGUUCUAGAAGUCAUGUAUUAUUUAUAGCGACAAUAUUAAAAGAGGAUUUGGAAAAUAAAGAUAGUUUCUUAUCGUCGUUGUAUAUUGUAGAUUUAGCAGGAUCAGAGAGUGUAUCACAAACUGGUGCAACUGGAUCAAGAUUAGACGAAACCAAAUCAAUUAAUAAAUCAUUGUUUGCAUUGGGCGGAGUUAUUGAAGAUAUGGCAAAGAAAUCAAAGAAAUCACAACAUGUUAGAUAUAGAGACAGCAAUCUUACUAAAUUGCUCCAUAGUUGUUUUGGUGGCAACUCAAAAACUCACCUUAUUGUAAAUUGCUCAAGCUCAAAUAACGAAACUGUUCUUAGAGAUACAACUCAAUCUCUAAGUUUUGCUGAACGUACUCAGUCAGUUAAAAAUAAACCACAAGUAAAUGUAGAGUUAUCAAAUCAUCAGUUAAAACAAUAUAUUCAAGGAUUGAAAAGCGAAAAUAGUCAUCUUAGAAAGUUUAUUGAAUCAAACUCUUCAAAUAUGGGUACCAUAUCACCAAGUCAAAUUUCAUCUUAUAUUGUAGAGCUUCAAAACUCAUUAGAGCAAUAUAAAACCCACCAAGAGCUUUUGGAUUCAAAUAUUAGAAAUCUUGAGGAUGACAUCAAUCAGCUAGAAGAGCAAAAGAGGGUCAGCGAAGAGGAAAAGACUUUAAUGAAGCAAGAGAAUAACAAAAAAUUUGAAGAGUGUAACCAAGAUUUCAAAAAAAUUCAAAAUCUAUUUGAAGAGAGUAAUAGAUAUAUUAAAAGUUUAGAAGAUGAAAGAGCCGAACUUCAAGAGAGAAUCGAAGAACUAACGGAAUUAAUUGAAGACCUACAAAAUAAAUACAAGGGACUACAAUCACAAGAGGUUAUUAUGGGUGAAGAGCUUGAAAAGUCAUUAAAUGAAAGAGAGGAUUUAUUAGGCCAUUUAAAUAAAAUUAAAGAAAAGAACAAAGAAAUGGAAAAAGAUAAAUUUAUUGCCGAUGAAUUACGAAUAAAGCUUACCAACAAGGAGGAUCUCAUAGUAAACCUGAAUCAAGAGAUAGAGCAAUUAAAUACUCAAAAGAUAAAAUGGAAAAACAAGAGCCAAGAUAACUUGAAACAAAAAAAUCAAUUAGAGGAGCAGUUAAAACUAUUACAAACCACCAACGAUAUUAACGAAAAUGAAAAAAUCAGGAAUCAAUCAUACAGAUUACUCGAAUUACAAUCACAAUUAACACUUUCGAUGGAACGUGAAGAGCUACUCAAAAAGGAAACUGAAACAACUAAAAAUAAAAACAAUGAACAAACCAUUAUACUUCAAAACUUUAAAAAUCAAAUGGAUACAUUGACCAAUAAGAUUGAAAUUGAAUUCCCAACUAUUGUAAAUACUCAAAAAAAAAUUCAACAACAAAUUCAACAGCAAUCUUCCUCAUCCUCAUCAAAUUCAGUCGAAACCAAUUUAAUAGUCUCAAUCACUACCCUCGAAAAUCUAUUUGAAAAAAUUAUAAAAAAACAAGAACAAACCAAUACAAUAAUAAACACAAAUACAUCUUCAAUCAUGGAAAAGUUGGUCGAAAUCGAUGAAAAUGAAGAGUUUAUAAAAAAAGAAAGAGAAAAGGAUUCUAUUAAUUUAAAUAAUAAUUCAAAAAUUAUUGAAGAAAUUCAAUCAAAUUUUUUACAAAAACAAGAAGAAAUUAAACAAUUAAUUAAAGAUCAUUUCAAUAAUAAUUUAAAUGAUAGUAAUAGCAUUAAUAAUAAUUUAAAUAAUAAUUCAAAUAGUAAAAAUAAUAAGAGCGCUAAUAAUAACAAUAACAACAUUGAUAAAUCAAUUAAAAAAGGUGGCAGAAAUUCUAAAAGUAGUAAUAGUAUUUGUAUGAAUAUUUUAAUAGUUAUAGUGGGCAUUAUAGUUUUAUUCUUUUUAAUGGUUGGGGUUGGAUUAACUAUUCAACAACAUGAUGGAGUUCCAUAUAAUUCCAAUUUCUACAAAGCUACUUAAAUAAAAACUAAAUAAAAUAUUAUAAAAAAAUAGUUUUAUGU